AUGUGUGAGACACAUGAAGAGUUUGUACGAACAAUGCUUGGUGGAUUCAAAAGGAGUCAAACAACGGUGGCAUCAAGCAAUUUUGAUCGACAUACUUUUCUUCCACCAUCUAAUGUACACAUCCCAUCAGCGAUUGACUGGCGUCAAAAAGGUGCUGUGACGACAGUGAUUGAAAACCAAGGACAAUGUGGUUCGUGUUGGGCUUUCACAGCGACAGGUGCUUUAGAAGGACAACAUUUCAUCAAAACUGGUCAACUUGUGAGACUAUCAGCUCAGAAUCUCAUGGAUUGUUCUGGCGAUUACGGUAAUGCGGGUUGCUGUGGAGGAUCGAUGGACGCCUCAUUCCAAUACAUCAAAGAUAACAAUGGUUUGGACACUGAAGCAAGUUAUCCAUACGAGGCUGUCGAAAGCCAAUGUCGUUUUAAUCGAUCAACAGUUGGUGCUACGGAUACGGGUUUUGUUGAUCUUCCGAGUGGAAAUGAAACGACUUUACAAAUCGUUAUAGCCACUGUGGGUCCAAUAUCAGUUGCAAUCGAUGCUCAACAUGACUCGUUCCAAUUCUAUUCAUCAGGUGUUUAUGAUGAACCUAAAUGUUCAUCGACCGCCAUCAGCCACUCAUUAAGUCUUACUACAAAUGCUGAAACAGUUGUUAAAUUUAUGCAACAAGGUUGGCGUUUACCAAAACCUGAUUUAAUUAUAUCUGUAACUGGUGGAGCAAAAAGUUUUGAUAUGUCAACACGUCUGAGAAAAAUUUUUCAAAGUGGUUUAGUUGCUGCUGCUAUAACGACAAAUGCAUGGUUGAUUACAGCGGGAACAAAUGCUGGCGUUGUUAAAGAAGUUGGUGAAGCUUUUAAUAAAUAUCGUUAUACAAAUCGAAAAAAUGGUCUUGAUGUACCAUGUAUUGGUAUUGCUAGUUGGGGUUAUACUGCAGGAAAUGAACAACUUGAUUGUCAGUCUACGAAUAUUUCUACAGAUACAAAUAUUACAAAAGGAAUAUAUCCAUUCAUGAAACAUCAUCAUAAUCAAAUAACACAUUCUCUUCGUAUGGAUAGUGAUGAUCAAUAUUUGGUUCGAAAUUAUACUGUUAAAGAAAAGCCAAAGAAACGAUGUGAUUUAGAACCAAAUCAUACUCAUUUUUUGUUAUUUGAUGAUGGACAACCAAAUGCUGAUACUGUUCUACCAUUACGCGCAGAAAUCGAAAAAUAUUCUCGAAAUACAAGCAUAGAAACUACUACAGAAGGAGCCGUUGAAUCACUUAUACCUAUUGUUAUGGUUUUGGUUGAAGGUGGUCCAUCAUCGAUUCGAACAAUUUGUGAGGCACUUGAUUCGAAUACGCCAGUUGUUGUUAUCAAAGAAUCAGGUCGUGCUGCUGAUCUUGUUGCUGAAUUGCAUGCCUGUUAUACUGAAAGCGAAAAUAGCAAUGGUAAUGGUUAUCCUACACGACCACAAACUGGUUCAGUUAAAGGUGGUUCAAAAGAAGCAGAGAUCAAUGCAAUUUUGGCUAAAGCACAAGCUGAUAUUACAGGAUUGGAUGAAGUUAAAAGUAAUCUAUGUCGAGUAUUAAACCAGCAUAAACAAUUAGUGACAAUAUUUAAAUUUGAUAGUAAACGACAUCGUGGAAAUCUUGAAGAUGCUAUUCUAGAAUCGUUAUUUAAUGCUGCAAAAUUUUCCGAUGAUCAUAAUGAACAAAAUCGUCGAACAGCAGAACUUAGAUUAGCUAUAGCUUGGCAUAAAAUUAAUUAUGCUCAAAAAUAUCUUCUUACUGAUACGACGAUAUCUAAAUGGAAAGAAGAUGAUCUUCGUCGUGCUCUUGUCGAUGCACUUCAUCGUGGUUAUGUUGAUUUUGUUGAAUUACUUAUUGAAUUUGGUACAUCACUUGAAAAAUUGACAAAUGGAGAUCUUAAACACCUUUAUGCAACAACAUUGACUAGUAAUCGAUUACCACUUAAAGGCAAAGGAAAACAUGUCAUAUGGACAAGAGAGGAUUUUUAUUCAGAUUAUUUUCAUGUGAUCUUAUAUAAUACAAACGUGAACAAUAAAUUUUCACUAUUAGAUGAUAAUAUGCCAUUAGGUAAAGGCGCUCCACAGGAUUUAUUUUUAUGGGCUAUUUUCCUUGAUCGAUUUGAGCUUGCAACAUAUCUUUGUUCGAAAACGUGGAAUUCAUCAAUAGCACCAUUAUUUGGUUCAUUAAUUUAUCGACGUGCAGCAAGAUUAGAACUUGAUGUCGAUAUAAAACAACAAUAUGAAGAAAAUGCUGAUCAAUUCGAUACACAUGCUAUGUCAAUUAUUGAUCGAUGUUUUGAUAAUGAUGAACAUUUUGCUGUUGAUCUUCUAAAACGUCCUGCUGUUGCAUUUAAUAAUGUUCAUCCAUUACAAUUAGCACGAAAAGUCAAUUGUAAAUCAUUUCUUGCAUCAAAAUGUGUUCAAAAAUAUCUUGAUCAUCAAUGGUUUGGAUAUAUCAAUUAUAAAAGAACGGCUAUUAAUUUUCGAGUUUUUCUUUGUUCAUUAUUUUUUCCUUUACUUCCAAUAUUUUGUAUCUUUUUACCUUACAUACAAAAACAUGAACAAAUUAUUCGAAGUACUCGAGAUCAAUCAAAAGUCAGACAAUCGACUAUGAUACAUAAUGUUAUUGAAUCUGUUCAACAUAAAGGAAAGAAUCAUGUUCCAUGGUCUGACAAAAUACGAUAUUUCUAUGAAGCACCUAUUGUACGAUUUUAUUAUUAUAUGAUAUUUUUUAUUCUAUUUUUGGGUUUAUUCAGUUUUGUUCUUCUUGUUGAUUAUUUUCCAUUAAAUAUUUAUAACGAACAUCGAUCUGGUAUUCAAUAUUUACGAAUACCGAUAACUGAAAUAAUUCUUCAUAUUUGUUUUUGGAGUUUUAUUAUUGAAGAGAUACGUCAAUUUUUAUUUGUGAAUUCAAAAAGAGAAUAUAUAUCAGGAAUAUGGAAUAUGAUUGAUAUGAUUGCAACUAUUUUAUAUCUUAUUAGUUUUAUUACACGAUUUAUUGUUCUCGAACCACUUUUUGUUGUAUCAAAAAUAUUCUUAUGUCUUGAUUUGAUACUUUGGUAUGUUCGUACAUUAGAAUUAUUUGCUGCUUUUGAAAAAUUAGGACCAAAAUUGAUUAUGAUUUUUAAUACGAUGAAAGAUUUUCUAUUUUUUGUUUGUUUUAUUCUUAUAUUUUUUCUUGGAUAUUCAAUAUCAUCAUGGUCAUUAAUAACUACAGACAAUCAAGUUUCUUGGAAUUAUAAUAAUGAUGGAUCAUUAUUUAAUGGGUCUGUAUCGAGUGGUGGAAGUGGUUUAUGGACAUGGCAAAUAUUACGUGAUGUUACAAAUUUUGGUGUUUGGAAAAUUUUUGGACAAACUGUUUCAUUUUCUUUAGAUGGAACAGAUGCAUAUUCUAUUGUAGCUUUUAUAUUAACAAUAGUAUUUGUUGCUAUUUCUAAUGUACUUCUCCUUAAUGUACUUAUUGCUUUAUUUAAUGUUACAAUUCAAAAUGUUCAAAUGCAAUCUCAUCGAAUAUGGCGUUAUCAACGUUUUUUACUUGUUUAUGAAUAUAAUAAUAAACCUCCAUUACCACCACCAUUUAAUACUAUUUAUUAUCUAUAUAGAAUCAUUUGUUAUAUAAUCGAAAAAAUUCAAUAUUAUCGCCAAAAUCAUCGACACGUUAGUGAUGCAAUGCAACGUGAGAGUGCCAUAGCUGAUGAUUAUUGGAGUUAUGUAGUGAAACAUGGAAAGAAAGAUCAAAUUGAAGUUGCAGUACAAAAUAUUGAGCGAAAACUUCAUGAUUUACAAGAACAAAUACAUGAUAUGAUUCAUCAUGGACCAAAUUAUGAUCAAGAAUGGCUUUUAUCUGAUGCUUAA